UUUUAAUCCCUUGUUAGGUUAAUCUUGAUCCAUUCAGCGGCAAAAUAUUCCUUGUUCCAGAUCUAGGAAGGGAUCAGGUUCACUACUUCAACAUAAAGGCAGGAUGUAUAAAACAUUUAGGAGAAGAUCAGAUCACAAGGGGUCGGGGACCCAGGCACAUGGAGUUUAAUAUCAAGCAUCAAGUUGUUUAUAUCUGUGGAGAAUUAAACAAUACUGUUACUGUACUAAAGUACAAUCCUACCAAGGUUGAAGAUGUCCUGAAAGGAGAUUUCUCUGGUCAUGUUUCCGAAGGAAACUCUCUACUAUCAGAAAUACAAGUUAUUAGUACUGUUCCCAAGGACCUGGGUUCUAAAUCUACAAUAGCUGAGAUGCGUCUUCAUCCUUCCGGGGGAUUUCUUUUUGUUGCAAACCGUGGAGACAAUUCUAUCGCAGUUUUCAGAGUGAGUCCUGAGAACGGAAGUUUGUCCUUGGUGACAAUACAUUCAAGUUUAGGAGCUUUCCCUCGACAUUUUAAUUUUGAUGUAACUGGUCGGUUUCUACUGGUCGGAAACCAUGCUUCAGAUAUGAUAGUUGUGUUCAGGAUUCAUGAUAAUGGUUGCUUGGAGCUGUCUGAUCUUCUUGAGGGAAUUCCAAGCAUUGUCUGGGUAACCCCGGUCUCUCUCCAAAAUUAAAAACCAUUGUAUUAUUUUUAUUUGAAAUCUGAUCCCCAAGUCGUAUGUUAUUGUUAUCUGGUAUUUUUUAACAUGUUUUAUUUGUUGUACGUUUUACAUAAACUCAACAAGAAUAAACCUCUCACCAAGAAUGAUCAAUUACAAUAUUAGUAAUGAAUGAUCUCCCGCAAACACAAAUAAACAUGAAAAUUGAAUAAUCAGAAAGCAAGAGUGAAGCAAAUUUAUUUAGUUUCAACUUAUUUACUAGAAAUUCAAAACGUUAUUCUUUUCAAUAACUUUUUUAAAUGUUAGAUUUUAAUUUGACUUGACCCGAAUCUGCAGUACCUAUGCUAGUUAUAGCUAGAUAUUCCUGCAGAAAUAAAGUUUUACCAAUAAAACAAUCAAUGUUUAACUAAAAUGUAUUUGAAAAUUAACAAAACAUGGUGUAACUACAUAACAAGAUAUAUAAACAAAAUAAAUCCA